GUUUGUGGCUCUCUCCUACUUGGCACCGAGAGAAGUCGCUGCACUUCUCUUCCACAGAAUCAGUCACGCCGGCCGAGGUUCCCGCUGAGGAUCUGUAAAGUUUUCCGAGCUCCAGGGAGUCGCUCUCAGAGCGUGUGGGGGCGGCGGGGCAUCAGCAGCAACAGGGUCCGCGCUGCGGUGGCCCCUCCGUCCCGCCGAGCUCUUGUAAUUAACCGGGCAGGCGGUGAAUUAAAUCUUUGUCAAGCCCACCGAGCGGGGGGUUCCUGCAGCUCUUCUCCAGCCGGUCUCGGGCGGCCCGGGAUAACAUCGGCAGCGGCGGCGACCGAGAAGGGGGAGCCCGCUGGACGCCGCGGGAGAGCCAAGCCCCCGCUCGGAGCGAGUGCGGGGAGCUGCGGGCGGCGAUGGGCGAGCUGUGCGGGGCCCGGCCGCUGCUGCGGCUGCUGCUGCUGCUCCCGCUGCUGCCGGCAAUGCUGCCUCCACUCCGGGCACAAGAGCUGUCAGUGGAAGAAUGCUGUGACAAGGGUGUGGAAUGGGCAAACAAAAACAGAAUGUGUGCUUCUCUGCCGCUGAUAUCCGAGUCCAGAGAAUGCAGCAUGAGCCAGGAGCAGUGCUGCCGCAGCCAGCUGGAGAAGCAGGCCUGUUCCGACGGGGUGGAAUUCGCCAACGUGCGCGAGGAGUGCGACUCACAUACAGCUGAAAAUUCCACCUGCGAGGCCCAGUACUUCAAGACGUGUUGUUACUGUUGUUUGCUGGGAAAGGCCGCCCAAGUUCAAGGACAGAGUUGUGACCCCAACCCGAAGAUGGGACACCAGUGUGGAAUUGUCUUCAGAUCUUGCUGUGGGAAAGGCCCAGAAGGCAUUGAUCUGUCCAUCAGCGAUGAUGCUCCUAAAAAACAGCAAGUUGAGAUUUCAAAGGAGGAACUAGACCAGGAAGAUCCUUAUCUGCAUGAUGGCUGCAGAGGUGGUGGGCCCUGCUCUCAGCAGUGCAGAGACACAGGAUCCAGUUACGUGUGCUCCUGCUUCGUUGGUUAUCAGCUUCAACCAGACGGUAUCACCUGUGAAGACAUUAAUGAGUGCAUCACUGGGACACACAGCUGUGGGCUUGGCCAAACCUGUGUCAAUACGUUGGGAUCCUUCCGCUGCCAGCGGGACACCAGCUGUGGGACCGGCUACGAACUGACAGAUGACAGUCGUUGCAAAGAUAUUGACGAGUGUGAGACUGGUACUCAUAACUGCCCCCCCGAUUUUAUCUGUCAGAAUACUCCAGGAUCCUUCCGUUGCCGCCCCAAGCUACAGUGCAUGAGUGGCUUUAUACAAGAUGCGCUCGGCAACUGUAUCGAUAUCAAUGAGUGCCUGAGCACCAACACGCCGUGCCCAGCCGGGCAGAUCUGUAUUAACACCGACGGCUCUUUCACCUGCCAGCGAAUCUCACCCAGCUGUGGCCGAGGGUAUCAUCUCAACGAAGAUGGAACAAGAUGUGUAGAUGUGGAUGAGUGCUCAUCCCCCAACCAGCCCUGUGGAGAGGGGCACGUGUGUAUCAAUGCCCCGGGCAAUUACCGCUGCGAGUGCAAGGCUGGCUACACCUUCGAUGUCAUCAGUAGGACCUGCAUUGAUAUCAAUGAGUGCAGACGCUACCCAGGCCGCCUCUGCGCUCACAAGUGUGAGAACACUCCUGGCUCCUACUACUGCACUUGCACCAUGGGAUUCAAACUUUCAGCUGAUGGGAGAUCAUGUGAAGAUUUAAAUGAGUGUGAGAGCAACCCCUGUAGCCAAGAGUGUGCCAACGUGUACGGCUCCUACCAGUGCUACUGCCGCCGUGGCUUCCAGCUCAGCGACAUCGACGGCAUCUCCUGUGAAGACAUUGAUGAGUGUGCUUUGCCCACCGGAGGGCACAUCUGUUCCUUUCGAUGCAUCAACAUUCCUGGGAGCUUCCAGUGCACUUGUCCCUCCUCUGGCUACAGGCUGGCACCCAACGCACGCAACUGCCAAGACAUCGAUGAGUGUGUUGCAGAAAGCCACAACUGCUCUUUCAACGAGACCUGCUUUAACAUCCAGGGCGGCUUUCGCUGCCUGUCCUUGGAGUGCCCAGAGAAUUACCGCAAGUCAGGAGACACUGUCAGGCUUGAGAAGACAGACACCAUCCGCUGCAUCAAGUCCUGCCGACCAAACGAUGUCAACUGUGUGCUGGAUCCAGUCCACACCAUUUCCCACACUGUCAUUUCCCUGCCCACCUUCAGGGAAUUUACAAGACCUGAAGAGAUUAUUUUCCUUCGUGCCAUCACACCUACGUAUCCGGCCAACCAGGCAGAUAUCAUAUUUGACAUUACAGAGGGAAAUUUAAGAGAUUCCUUUGACAUCAUCAAGCGUUACAUGGAUGGUAUGACAGUGGGUGUAGUUCGCCAGGUGAGGCCCAUUGUUGGACCCUUCCAUGCCAUCCUGAAGCUGGAGAUGAACUACGUGAUGGGGGGGGUGGUGUCCCACCGGAACAUCGUCAACGUCCACAUCUUCGUGUCCGAGUACUGGUUCUGAGGGGGCCUCUGCACCCCAGGGCUCCAGCCUGCAGCAUUACCACAAGCUAUUAUGCCAUAUACUUGUUUGUAAAACCCAAUAGUGUUCUUUGUUUGUUUUGUUUUUAAAUAUUUGGUUUAUAGUUUAAGACAAAUAGCGAGCCAUUACGUUGGUUAGGCAUAGGGUGGAGCGGAUUAAGUGAGCCUGAUGUAGUUUGUCUGUAUAAAUAAG